CACAACGCGUCUUUUAAUCAAACCGUGACGGAAAAUCAACUUUAGCAUCUUGUGAUAAUCACUUUCUACGGAAAGAAUUUCAUCUAUAGAGAUGAAGUCUAUCUUAGUGAUUGUUUUCACGGCUCUUUUGAGUAUAGUGAUAUGCGGCCAGGAUUUCAACGGCACAAUCUUCAAGAGAAUCGCGAAUACAAAUUCCGUUCGUCCCCAAUCAAAUUCCAGUACGUACGUGUCGAUUUUUAGUAUGCAACAAAAAUCACUCGGCAAAUCUCAAACCUUUCAGACAAGAAUAAAUUCUCAACAGAAUGAUGAUGUAUUGAACUAUCGUGUGGAGCCGCCGUCACGAUUUUAUGCUCCGCCGAAGAUCAAUUACUCGGUUUGCGAGCAACUUUCCUUUAAGCCAUAUUCUACCCCAAGACCAAAUAGCCAACAAUAUUCCUCAACGUGUAUACCGCAAAGUUUUAGAAGCUCCACAUCUUAUAAUCAUCAAUUGAAUCAGCACUCGUCGACUUUUUUGCCUCUGAAUAUCCCGAAAUCGUCCACUCACUUACCGCUACAACCUCCACUUUUCUCAUCGAAAAAUGUAAGGGUGCUUCCAGAUCGUGCCGUUUCCAGAUUUGGCAAAACAUUGAUUGAAAAAAUUGGGUACGGUGAUAUUCAAGGUUACAAAGGUGAAGGCUCUGUCGAUGAAAUUCAGACUAGCAAGCAAUUAGCUGGAUAUACAGGUGUAAACGAAGACAUUUUGUUGGGUUAUUCCUAUCAUAUCCCUAACGCGAAAUUGAUUGCAGAGCCUAAAAUCCUGUUUGGUUCGUCAACAUCAAACCAGUUUUCGGAAAAAAACUCAGGAAGAUCCUUACAAGCUUCAGAAUUUUCAAGAUCUUCGAAAAAACUUUCACAACUUUCAGGACCGUCUGGAUCAUCAGAACUCUCAGAAUUAUUGAAACCCUCAAGACCUUUAAGAGUCUCAGGAUCCGCAAGAAUUCCUGAAACCAAAAGUAUUUCAAGUACUGGUAUUGGACCUUCAAUUCGAUCUUCGAUAAUUACCAGAGCAUUCUCUCCUACUAUUCAAAAUGGAGAGACUCAAACUGAUGAUGAUUUCAAUCAUCCUCCCCAUAUUCAUAGCAUUAAUGUCGAAUGCAAUAAGACAAUGAUGACGAUCAAUAUUGAAUUUAAUCGUGUUUUUGAUGGCAUUAUUUAUACUAAGGGAUAUUAUUCAAACCCAAAAUGUAUCUACGUAAAACAGAAUUCUGGCUCAGCACGGUACUCUUUCACUGUAAAUCUAGACUCUUGCGGUACUCAAUUCUUUAACGAUUUCGUAGGUCCUACUGGUCAAGCAUAUUUGGAAAACGUUCUCGUAUUACAAAAUGAACCGAGUAUACAAGAAGUCUGGGACACAGUUCGAAGAGUACAAUGCCUCUGGGAAGGAAACAUCAAUCAAACUCUAAGGAUGAAUCUUUCAGUAGAUAUGUUAAACCAGGAAAUCAUUACCUUUAAUGGUGAUACUGUGAUAACAAAACUGGAUAUUCAAAUUGGCAGAGGACCUUUUGCACCUACAGCUAAUGGACUUAUAAAAAUUGGAGAAACAAUGACUUUGGUAAUAUCUGUGGAAGGCGAUCCAGAUUUCGAUCUUCAGGUACGCAACUGUUCGGCGCGGGAUGAAAUUUCGACCAACAUGCUGCAGCUCACCGACGAAAGAGGCUGCACUUUGAAACCGAAACUGUUUGGUGCCUUUCAAAAGACAAAGGAUACCGCCAAUACAGGCGCUUUUAUUAUUGCUUACGCAUUCUUCCGAGCCUUCAAAUUCCCCGAUGUUUUGGGUCUACUCAUCGAAUGUAAUGUUGAAUUAUGUAAAACUAAUUGUGAACCUUGUCCGGAAGCAAAUCAACAAAUCGAACCAGGCAGACGUCGUCGAUCGUUAAUGUACGCACCACCUUCGAACAACUUGACGAAUUCGGUACUAUUGUCGGAUGUAGUUCAUGUUGGACGACGUUUCAAAGUAAUCAUGGUAGAUGAUUUAAACACAGCAACUAAUCAAAUCCUAGAUAGUAUGGAGGAAACAGCUGUUGAAGCAAUGGCAAAAGCGAAAAAAGUAUGCAUGAACAACAAUAGAUUUUAUAUAAUCUUCUCUUAUACAUUGAGAACACUUUUUAUCGUAAUUCUAAACGCAGUUGUGCUAUAUAUAAAAUUACAACGAAUUCGCAAAUCGAAAUUCAUAGAUUCUUAA